AUGGACGCCGCGCUGCUCAAGUGGCUCUCCGGCGCCCUGCAGUGGCCGGCCGCGCGGUCCAAGAUGCCAGCUGGGCGCCUGCAGGGGGACCCCCUGUCCGAGUGCACAGGAUGCUUAGUGGACGCGCUCCUGGACGCCUUCAAGAGGCCCAUGCCGCUGGGCGAGGACGUGAUGGUGGUGGCCAUUGCGUCAUUCGGCGCCACGGAGGGCGCCACGGAGGCGGAACGCGCGCGGCUGGCGCGCUUCGCGGAGCAGGUCCACAACAGCAUCGUCGAGGACUACACCUCAUCCACGAGGAGUCGCAGCGAGAAAGCAGUGGUAUCACCCUCGACGCCGCCGCGCAAGGACGCGUCGCCCGCGCCGGGCAGGAGGAGCGCCAAGGCCGCGGCGAAGCCCAAGAGCUCCGCCCCGCCGGCGAGCGACGCCGCGGGGAACCCGAAGGGUCUGACUCCCCCCAUGCAGCACCUCGACUGCGGCGCCCCGGGCCCGCCUGCGGACCUGCUCCCCGCGCCAGCCGGGCUGGAGCCGUUCCCGUACACUGUGAACUUCGCGGACCUCCCGCUGGUGGAGGUCGUGCGGGUGCCGGGUUGGCCGGUGCCCGCCGCCCAGGUGCUGCUUUCGCCAGUUCCGUCGUGCAGGGCCCCACCGACGCCGACCCAGCCGAGGAGGGAGCCCCGCAUGCCGAUCCCGCCCAGCGGACACGAAGGCCAGCCACUCCCAUCGCCGCCGCUGCCCCGUGCCUCCCCCCCGGCGGCCUCGCCGCAAGCCCGUGCCGCCUCGCCGGGCAGCUGCGCCUUGCCGCGGAGGGCGGCUGGGGUGCCGGCGCUGGUGCGCUGCGCAGAUCUCGCAGGCGAUGCGCUGGCGCCCAGCAGCUUUGACGCCCAGGGCGCGCCGCUGCUGCUGUCGCCCCGGGAUUGUGCUCCGGCGCCUCCUGGUGGCGGCCUGGCCCAGUGGCUGCUGGAAAGGCAGCCCUGCGACCUUCUGCCCGCCGCCGUUGCCCGCGCGUCCGAGUGCUCCACCGUGCCCAGCACGCCAGUGUUCAGCGACACGCGGCGGCCGUCGCACUGGCCGGCAGACCCGCGGUCGGUUUGUCACUUUGAGGUCUCAUUCGACUGCGCGUAA